CUUCUCUGUGUUUUACGACACCACUCGGGUUUCACGGUAAACAUGGCGCUGUACAGUCGUGCCUGCUGAAGGAGUGAGACUUUGAGCUGAAGACGGUUUGUUUGUGUUUCACCUCCCCUCCUGGUCACACGGCGACCGUACGGCAGCUUCUCUCUCUCCGCUCGGUUCAGACAGGGUGACAGACAGGUGUCGGUGAGUAGCGUGGGGGGGGGAGGUUGUUAGUGAUGUCGGCGCAGCGAGGCAUCCUGUUCCAGGAGAAGGUCAGCCGGUUGCUCAGCAAGCAGGACGGCAGACCAGUUCUGAAGCCCAACAAGCCGCUGGUCCUCAAGGACGAGGUGGCUAACCGCAGGAUCAAGAGAGGAGGCGCCUCGUGUGUCACCGAGAUCUCGGUCCUGAUGGCGUGCUGGAAGCAGAACAGCUUCGUGGAGAGUCUGUGCUCCACUGAGAUGAAGGCCUUCUACAGCUGUGUGGAGGAGGCUCGGGCUGCUAAGAAGAACACAUCGGAGCUCAGCGGCAUGCAGGGGGAGCGUCUCCCCCCAAAACAAGCCACCCUCCUGCUGAAGAGAUUCCCCAACCUGCGCACGGAGAUCUAGGACACAGACUUUAAUGCGUAACUCAUACAGACCUGAAAUGUGCAUCCUAAAGAGAGUUCCAUCACGCUAAGGUGAUGCUGACUGCUGUAUGACUGAAGGACAGAACUACAGACACCUCUCCUACAUAAGUAUAGGAGAUGUCAUCACACACACCCGUAUUGCGUCAUGGAUCACACUUUGUAUUCACAACACUGUGUUUGAUGGUUUGAAAUAUAAUGUGACUUUCUCCUGGCGUCCUCAUUUUGUCUCAAUCCAAUUUAGCAGAGUGGACUCUCAGGUCAGAGUUGGUAUUAUUGGAUGUGAUGCAAUUAUUCUUCUUUGGUUUCGUGGCUCCUGGCUGCAGCUUACCGUUAUCACUGCACGUUAAAGUGCUUCGUCAUUCCUGUGGUCAACAGAUGUAAACACAGAUUAGCAGUAAGCAGAGCCCUGGGGGGUUGAUAUGGAUUUAUACUGUUAAUAAAAUAUUCUGACCAAUCAGUUGUUUCUGCAGCCUGAAGUGCUGUUGAAUAUGCUGUCCAUGUACACAAUUUUUGCAGAAUGCCAUCUACAAAUGGAGGAGGGCUCAGUUAUUGAUCUUGUUACAGCUCCGGAAACAUCUUGGAGACUAAUCUAUAGAAACUGUUUCCUCUUUCCGAAGUGACCAUGUGAAGGGCGUAUGGUUAUCAUUUCCCUCUGUAAUAAAAAAUGAGGCACAUUGA